UUAGUCCUGUGCCAUAGAACUGCACGCAAUAGGUAAAGGCCAAAAAGGUACAUAAUCUCACAACGUAGGAAUCUCUCAAAGGGAAUUUGAUUCUCUGAGGCCCGUGCUUCCUGAGACGUAACAAUAUUUAUUUUCAUUUACCUUUCUUGUAAAAUUAUUUUUGCUUAUAUGAUUGUAACUUUGAAAUUGGCGCCACUGGACAAUUUACAAAUUUAUAUUUAAUUUGAAUGCCAAGUAAAUAUAAUUAUUGAUUAAAAUAAGUGGUGUAUGUUGAUAAAGAAUACGUUUAUAAAUUAUGGCUGGUAUUGAUAAUAUCGAAAUACCAAUUCCAGAUGAAGUUUGUAAACAAGUAGGUAUUGCGGCAAGCUGGAUUAAUUCAAAUAAGAUUGGAUUAUAUGCAUACAAAUAUAUAAAUAAACAUAUACAAGAUACAAAAAGUACCUUUAUUACAUCUAAUAUUAAAAUACAUAUUCUAAGACCUGAAGUAAUAUUGUUUUCUCCUCCAUUACGUAAACUUGUUAAUGAAAGUAAUGGAGUUUUUUUAUCAAUUUAUAAAAUUAAGUCAUCUUCUUCUGGAGAUAUUUGUCCAGAGUUACUGAAACAUAGCAAGCAAUAUCGUUCUAUUUUAAGAGCAUGUGUAGAAGGUUUACAAGAUAUUGCAGAAAAAUCUUUAUCUGAAAAUAAAAUAAUAAUAGAAAAUUUUCUUACUAUUUUUUAUAAUGUAGAAUGUGUGUGGCACUUAACAGAAAUUUUAUAUGUCGAUAAUAUACCAGGUAAUGUAAUAUUACCAUGUUUGUUAGAAUGGAUUCAAUUUCACUUUCCAUCAAAAGAACUUAAAGCAAUAAAAAUGUUAUCACAAAAAUGUAUUGCUGCUGAUCUAGAAUAUAUAUAUUACUGGGAAGUAGUAAUAGGUUGUGCAUUACAUGGAAAAACAGAUUUAGUACGUGCACUUUUGUCAAUGCAUAGCAAAGCAGACCAUCCAGCUUUUAUCGUUGCAGAAAAUAUGAUUAAAACCAUGCCUAUAUAUAAUGUUUAUGGUGGUUAUUCAGUGAAUGAGUUUACAAUACGUUGGAAACAUUGGCAGUUAGAUUUAUCUUCAAAUAUUGAUAGUAAAACUUUUGCUAUUGAUAAUAAUUUAGAAAUGCUUAUGAAGUUAGUAGUUGGAGAUGAAUCUACAAUAUGGGAAUUCUCAAAAUAUACAGAGGCCUGGUAUGAAUUAUUAGCUGCAAAAUUGUUCUACUCUGUACCUUGUUGUAAACAAAUUGAGCUUACACGACAUGCAAAUAACAUGGCAGAAAAAUGGAAAGCAAAUAAACCUUUAGAUCAUAUUAUUUUGGCUUUAAUAGAAAAUGAUCUUCAUCGAGUUAUUAAAGAAAUUCAAUGUAUGAAUGAUAAUGGAUGGUUUGCAGCUCAUUUAAUAGAUUUACUGUAUAAUUGUGGGAAAUUAAAUAUUAUAGAUAAACAUCAAAUGAAUGUUACGGCACAGUUACAUGAAUCCCUUAUUUUAGAAUAUGCUACCACCUUAAUGGGACAUCAUUCCUUAUGGCAAUGUGGUGCUAGUUAUUUAAUACAUUGUCCCAUUCAAGGUUUAGCUAGAUUAGAAAUAUUAUUACAAUCAUUACCCAUGGGUUCAGAAGCAAGGGUAAACAAAAUUAUUGAUAUUGCACGUGGUAGCAAUAUGAAUCAUAUAGUUACUAGCAUAUGCAAGAUUCAAGGUGUGAAAUGCAUUAGACAGAAAAGGCUUGGAAAUGCAUUAUCAUGGGCAUUAAAAGCACAAGAUGGUAGUUUCAUAACAUAUAUUGCUAAUCAAUUUCUAAAAUAUUAUGCAGAAAAUGGGGAAUUAGAGUGUCGUGAUUUACUUGAGAACUUAGGACCUUGUAUGUUAGCUAGUGAUAGACUUACAUUUUUAGGUAAAUAUUGUGAAUUUCAUCAAAUGUAUAGUAUUGGUGAAUUCAAAGAAGCAGCUAGCUUAUUAGUUUCUCUGAUAGUUUCUAAUCUAACACCAAGAUAUUUUUGGUCAAUUCUGUUCACGGAUGUUAUUCCUCUUUUGGAAAGUGAAGAUGUAAUUUUAUCUUCUAUUGAUUCUUUUGAAUUAUUGCGUUGUGUUGAAGCUCAUGGUGAUGAUCCAAAGUUUGCAGAUAAAAUAGAAAUAUUUCGUUUAGCAGUGGCACGAAAUUUAGCAAGAGCAUUAAAUCUUGAAGGCUGUCAAGCAGAACAAUAGUAAUUUAAAAAAAAAUUACUAUUGUAUUUUUUAAAUAAAAUUGAAUAAUAUAACCAAACUGAAAAUUUUAUAUUUAUACAUAUUUAUAUGAACUUGAUAUAUUUUUUCCAAAUAUCUAAAUAAUUUUUAUAUAAAAUAAGAUAACAAAUGUAAUCGUCGCAAAGUAAUAGUAAAUAUGAUAAAAUGUUUUUGAAAUCAGAGAAGUUCGAAUAUCUAAUGAGUUGUAAAUGUAUAGCAAAGUAAAAAAAUUCUUGAUGUU